UUUGUGUUCGAGCUACCGUCACCUUCCACACACACGAACAGGCAAUACUGCACGAUGUGGCCAGCAGCCGCACUCUCGUUCUCUGCAUUGCAACGCGUUUGCAGAUAAAAGAGCGGAGGGGACAUGGUUUUACAGAGAAAAAACCCUUUACUUCGUCUCGAACAAUUCGUCUGUAACACACCCUUGCCUUUUUAUUUUCACUCGCUUUGACGAUUCUUUUUUUUUCCCCGUUCUUCUUUUUCUCCUCCUCCUUCCUCACGGCAUCCUCCCCUUCCCUCACUCGACGUGCACAAUCACACAUACACCAAAUGCUUCAGUUUGCAUACAACAAUAAACCGGGAACCAAAAGGUACUUCAAAGCUCGAUCCACCUCGUCCGCUUCGGCAUCGCACCGGAUAAUACCCCUCUUAUUGGGCACCCUCUUUCUCCUUACCUGUCUGUCUUUCCUUUCCACCCUUCCCGAAAUCACAGUUGAUCCCAACAACAAAACCAAGCAACAUUCAGCAGCAGCAGCAGCAUCACCACCACCAUUGUUACGCAAUGACGCAUCAGCAGAAGCACAAGAACAAUACCUAGCAUACUUGCCUCAUUCCGGUCUGUCGAACCAGCGGAUAGAGCUGGCCAACGCACUCUUACUUGCAGCAUUACUGCAACGCACGCUUAUCAUCCCCCCUGCAUUCUUGGGGACUGUAGUCGGCUGGAUGAAAAAGGAACAAAUCUACGAUCACCUGGGGUGGCUGACGAACGCCAGUGUGCCCUUCGAACAAAUCUGUCGGCCAGCCACACCGGGCGAUUUGGCGUCGUAUGUACGACGGAGUCGGUGUGCCGAAUAUCGUCACUUUGGUGUGAUCCCGUGGUCAGAACUGCAUAAUAUCGACUCGCUCACGCCGUACGUGAACAUCCGCUUUCAAGACAUUGUCUCACUCCAGCAAUUGCAGCAGGAUCUCGGCAUCGAUGAAAAUGACACGUAUGUCCAUACCGAUCAGCAUUUGUACGACUGGCGGUUGUAUGAGGACUUAUCGGUGGCACGCAACCUAUUGAGAACCGGUACCAACUAUGUCGAUUCGUUUGCUGGUCGGCGGUAUUACAAGGUGUACACCAUCAAGCAUUGGCAACGACGACCCGAACGACUGUUGCAACUGGGUGGCAUCUUUGGUAGCACACGCAUCAACUUGAUCGAUCCCGAACAUAUUGCUUUACGAAACACGAUUGCCAGCGCACUGCAUUAUCGACGUGAUACGCUAAUUGGCGAAACGGUGAAGAACAUCGUUGAAUAUUUGGGCGGUGCUGGAUCGUUUGUGGGUGUGCAUUUUCGGACUGGCGAUAAACCGUUCAGAAAGCAGCUGCCGAAAAACUUGGUCUUGUUUGCUCAAGGAAUGGCAGAGUUGACAGGAGCGCCUGUAAUACCACGGGAGGAGGAUGUCUUAGCGGCUAUCCAAUCGGCAGAUCCUGGUUUAUGGGACGAGCCAAGACGAGUACCAUUGUUACCACCACAUGCAGGAUUGCAUGUACCUCCAUGGUCGACAGUAUGUCGCAGCGUGCCAGUCAGCGGUGCACCCAUUACAAGUGGAUUUCGUACCGUCAUCUACAUCGCCACAGACCAGCCAAACCCACGGUCACCUAUCAGCAAGUUGGCGCCUUGGUUCGAUAUGUUUCCAUGCACAGUGACUUUGAACGAUCUUCCCGACUACCUUUUUGCUCCACUAGACCAGGUUCAUGAUAUGAUCGUGCCCGAGAAGACUCUCAGAUCGUUUUUGAUACCCGUAGUGGACGCCAUGGUUGCUGCACAUGCACGACAGGUCUUUGCCACUCCUCGAUCCACUUAUUCGAAAUACAUUGGUGAAAUGAACCGUGCUUGGGUGCCAUCAUAGAAUCUUCAAACCACCACUACCACCAUCACCCGUUCCUACCCUCAUCUCAUUCCACUUCUCCUCCGCCGCCAUAAUUUGUAAAUCCUUUAUCCGAUUUCAUGCACAUAAUACCUCAUACUUCCACUGUACAGUAGACAACAAUAUAUAAUCUAGACUCUGUAAUAUGUAAUUGCAAAAAAUAUAUAAAUUUAUAUAUAAAGAAUAUU